UAUUUCGAAGUCAAUUACCAAAAUAUAAUCCUUAUUGGCCACCACCAAACGAAGAGUCUAAUGAUGACGACUCAAAUGAACAUGCUAAUCGUCCAUCGGAAAAAUUUACUACUGAUGAUGAUAAUCUAUGUAGCAAAUUGGUUUUGUUUCCGGAAUUUGAAGUUGUUACAGAACCUGAAGGGAAUUUGUUCAAAGAUGGUGAAAAUGGUGAAAUUGAUGAUAGUUUAUCAAAUUUAGAUAGUGGAAAUUCUAGGGCUCUUGUUCCCGUUGGCGAUGAAAUUUAUGAAAAUACUCAAGUCAAUGUAGAUAAAGCCUUUCUAAAAUUUCAAAAAAAAAUUGAACCUUUUCCUGAUCAGGUAUUAAGGUAUGCACGACUAGAUUAUGAAUGUGAAAAAAACGCGACUCCGCUAUGGGUAAGUGACAUUGGUAAACCGAUGCCUGAAGACAUACCUUCAUGUUCACAUUGUGGUCAAGAACGAACGUUCGAAUUUCAG